AUGCGUUGUAUCAAGAACAAGAUCGAGCAUAAUGGAUCUGGAACAGUGACAUUGUGCCCAGACGAGCCGGAAGAUAUGUGGCACGCAUACAACCUGAUCCGACCAGGUGAUCUUCUCCGAGCUAGCGCAAUCCGUCGAGUCACUACAGUCCAAGAUACCGGAUCUACAAGCUCAGCGCGAGUUCAUCUGAAUCUCGUAAUUCGCGUGAAGAAUCUCGAUUUUGACCCGCAGAGCUCUCAGCUCCAUGUCUCAGGACAGAUUAUCAACGAAACACAACACACAAAAAUCGGACAAUUCCAUACCCUCGAUCUAGAGUUGAACCGCAAUUUUACGUUAGAGAAAGAGGUUGGGGCAGAUGGCGAAGGUGUCGGGUGGGACAGCAUUGCAAUCGAGUCCCUCAAAGAUGCUGUGGAUGAGGGUGGCAAACGUCGGGCAGAGGCUGUUGCAGUGGUUAUGCAGGAAGGAAUCGCUCAUAUCUGCUUUAUUGGUCAGUUCCAGACGAUAUUGAAGCAAAAAGUUGAGAUGUCUGUACCGCGGAAACGGCAGGGAGGCGGUGAUCAUGAUAAAGGAAUGAACAAGUUCUACAAGGUUACUCUUGAGACGCUUCUUCGACAAAUGGAGUUCAACACCAGUCUUACUUCAGGCGCCAACAACGAAGCUGUGCGGCCCGUUCUGCUCGCAUCACCUGGGUUCGUAGCCUCAGGUUUCCACAAAUACAUUCAGUCCGAAGCCUCCACAACGACUCCUGGUCUCAAGCGACUUCUUCCCAGCAUCGCGGUUGUGCAUUCUGCAUCCGGAUACACGAAUUCACUAUCAGAGGUCCUGCAAUCACCCGCAGUGAAGACUCUCCUGGCAGAUACUAAGUAUGCCCGUGAAACCAAAUUGAUGGAUGAAUUCCUGGAACAACUGCGGAAAGAAACCAACAAAGCAACCUACGGUCCUCGCGAGGUUGAGUCCGCAGUUGAACAAGGUGCUGUCGGUCGGGGCGGCGGUGUGCUGAUCAUUUCAAAUCGCCUGUUUCGGUCACAAGUCAUUGCUGAGCGUAAACGUUGGGUCUCGCUUGUGGACCGCGUUCGGGACGUUGAAGGUGGCGAGGUGCGAGUUCUCAGCUCGGAUCAUGAAAGUGGAAGGCGCUUGGAGGGCCUUGGUGGCAUAGCUGCACUUUUAACAUUCCCGAUUAUUGAGGAGGACUUUGACUCUGAUGCAGAAUAG